UCCCAGAAGCCUCAGCCUAUGGAAGGCGGUUGCCAUGGCGAGGGAGCCCAACAGGUCUGGGCGAGCGCAGGAGAAGCUGCAGUCCAGGAGGGAGCAGGAUGGAAGUCCUGCGAGAGCAUGGGGAAGAGGAGGAGGAAGAAAAGAAAGUCUUUGUGAUUAGUAAUGAACUCCAAGACCUGGAAGAGAAGCUGUCAGAGAUCCAAGUCCAUAUCCCAAAUGUUGUACCUGAAUUUGACUGGAGUUCCAUCGACACCUCCCAGUUACCAGCCUCCUACAAGACGAAUUCUGCCAAGGAGCAGAUGCUGCUGCAACUAGGUGACAAUUUCCAUCGACAGUAUGCGCAUCUCUGCCCGGAUCGCCAGCCACUCUUCCUCCACCCAUUAAAUGAGUGUGGAGUGGAGAAAUUUGUGAGCACCACAGUGCGCCCGACCCUGCAGCCAUACCCGGAGCUGUAUAAUUGGGACGGCUGUGCCCAGUUCGUCUCUGACUAUCUCACCAUGGAGCCCCUCUCGUCCCCCAUCACGCCGCCCAGUUACCUCCCCUCCCCGACCACAAUCCUGAAGUACCAAAGGGGGAAUUGCUUUGGCUUCAGCAUGCUCCUGUGCUCCCUGCUGAUCGGUGCGGGCUACGAUGCCUACUGUGUGAACGGUUACGCCACCCGGGAGAUCUGCAUGAUGGACGAGACCAGGGAGGUGUGCCCACUGCUGGAGAAAUCAAAGGAGGUCCUGAAAGAGCCCAUGAAGGAGAAGAUCAAGAAGUACGCAGUCAAGCCCCCACGGGACCUGCGCAGCAAGUUUGAGCUCCAGCAGGUGGCCAAGAAGGAAGCCGAUAUUGAAGCCGCACAGAAGAAGAAGCAGAAAGAGGAAGAGGAGAAGGUCAUGGAAGCGGAAAAGCCAAAGCCGGACCCUUUGUACGGGUUACGUGUCCACGCCUGGGUUCUGGUGUUGUCGGGGAAGCGGGAGGUGCCGGAGAGCUUCUUCAUUGAUCCCUUCACAGCACACAGCUACAGCACCACCGACGACCAUUUCCUCGGCAUUGAAAGCAUCUGGAACCACCAGAACUACUGGGUCAACAUGCAGGAUUGCUGGAAUGGCUGCAAGGAUCUCACCUUUGACCUCGGGGACCCAGUGCGGUGGGAGUUCAUGCUGCUGGGGACUGACAAGCCCCUUCUGUUGCUUCCGGAGGAGGAAGAAGAGGAGUUAGCUGAUGAGGAUUUGGAUGAUUUUGAUAAGGAGGAGGAGGAAAAGGGUUUUGACAUGCCAGCAUCCUGGGUGGACCCGAUUCAAAUAUCUCGGAAAGAAUUUGAGACCCGCUGUCCCCAAGGGAAGAAGGUGAUCCAGUACAAGAACGCAAAGCUGGAGAAAUGGGCCCCGUACCUGAAUAGCAACGGGCUGGUCCAACGCCUCACCGUCUAUGAGGACCCAGAAUGUAUCAGAGUGCUGGAGGUGAAGGAGUGGUUCGAAAACAGAGAGGACAUGAUGAACAUGAGACAACUAAAUAAAAAAACAGAGGUGACGACAGAGUACUUCAGCCCGGGACACAUCCAAGGUCUCAAAGCACACACCUACAAGACGAUGGAGCCAGAGACUGAGCGCACCAUGGAGUUUUACAGCGAGACGCGAGUAGAUGGCCUUCAGAAACGGGUUGAAAAUGCCAAAGAGAUGACGGAAUAUUUUGAAGGGCGGUCAGAUUUCCUGCACUACCGGCACACAAUGUUUGGCAAAAGAACAAAAAGAGCACAGAAGCUCCUCGUUAAUACUGAAUCGAACGCCCGGCCCAUACUGCAAAUCAAGGAGCAGUUCCAUAGGAACCCAGAAAAGCCCGCUGAUGAAGAUGUAGCAGAGCGCAUCUUUAUGAUCUUGGAGGAGCGGAUUAUGCUGACGUAUCAUUGCAAGGACGAUUACAUCACUGCCUCAAAGAAGGAGUUCAUCAAACGGAAGGAUGUGGAUAAUAAGGGAAACAAGAUCAUCAUGACCUCAGACAUGUGCAUCAGCUAUCGGGUGGGGUCUUUUGUGAAAAACAAGAAGCUGCUGCAUCUGUACGAAAUGAUGCUGAAGCUAAUGGAAGCAGAAAAGCAGUCGAGGCAUCUAGUCUGGGAGUCUGAAACAGAGGUGCUAGAAAUUCUCAAGAUCCGGGAGGAAGAAGCAGCCGCCAGCAAACUGACAGUUUCCAUGUACGAUACAGAGAGGAAUGAAAAGAGCAAACAACAGCGAGAGACAAUGGAGCGUCUGAUGCAAGAAGAGAGACAGCGACAAGUGGAGCAGGACCUAGAUUACCUGGCACCCUUCCUGAUUCAAAUGGGCAGCACAGAGAAGAUGUCCAAGUGGCAAGCCCUACGCCUCAAGGAAGAUUGCCUGAAUGAUUUCAAACACCGUCUCAUUGACAAGGCCAACCUCAUCCAAGCUCGCUUUGAGAAGGAAACACAGGAGCUGCAGAAGAAACAACAGUGGUACCAGCAAAACCAGCUCUCUAUGACCUUGGAGGAUGAGGAUGCCUACCUAACCUACUGCUCUGAUGCCAUGUUCUGUAUCCGCAUUCUGGAAAUACGGCUUAACAGACACAAAGAGAUGGCGCCACAGAAAUACAUAGAACUGGAAGAGAAAUUGUGCAAGGAUCCUCGCCUGGCUGAGUAUCUCAAAUGUAACGUCUGAUAUAGUCCCUGUUCCCUCACAACAGUCACUGGAAAUCAGUGCAGGAACCUGCACCGAGUUGGCUGAGCUAACCGUAUGAGCUGCUGGAGAAAAAUGUGGCAUCUUUUUCCUACUUGUGUUCAAUGAACCAUUUGGGGUCUGACUGAUCACAUUUCCCUCAGUGCCUCUCUCCAGUUUUCCCAGGAGCUGCUGGGAUCUCCUCUGUAGAGGAUAUAAUAGCAGAAGUAACUUCUUCUUAAAAUUUCAUUUCCACACAUUUCAUUUAUCCCUUUUUUUUCAUUAAAUGUUUUCCUAGUGA